UGAAAAUCACCUCGACCUAUAAGUUCUCCUCUAAAUCUACACCUCUUCUCUACUAAACUUCCCUAUCCUAUCCCCGUUCUCUUUUUUACUCCUCCAAGUUCCGCCCUUUAUUUCCCACUCUUCACUUUCUCUAAAAUCCCUUCUUCAUAAAUAUGGAGGAUAAAGAGACUCAAGAUUUAGAGAAGCUAUGCUAUUCAAAGCUAGACUCAAAGUAACGUCAGAAGAAGACCAAGUAUCCUUAUGUUUAACUUGCAAGCAUUCAUAUCAAUCUUUUCUUUAGUUCUCAGCGUAUUACCUGAGAUCUAUAAUAUGGCUAUGAUCAGUAAUUAUGGGUCUAUGGUUCAAGUCGCUGGACUAGGUCUUGGAGUGAUGUUUAUCAACAUGUUUGUCUUUGGAGCAUUCGAAGGCCUCAACGGAGCUAUAGAUACUUUGGUGUCACAAUAUUAUGGUACUGGAGAUUACGAAGGGUGUAACCUAAUCUUUAAUAGAGCCAGGGUGAUCAACUCGGUAUUGUUCAUCCCAGUCGCUAUCUUAUUUUUAUCAUCAAAGGAGAUUUUGAUUUUCCUAGACCAAGAUACAGAAGUUGCUAUCGUUGCUGGAAAGUUUUUAAUCUUUCAGAUUCCAGGGAUGUUUAUCUUUGUCCACUUCGACACAUUGAGAAGAUACAUUCAAGCAAUGGGGCAUUUUUAAUGUUCUUCUUCAAGACUGACUAUGGGGCGCUCUGUUUCAUAUCUCAGUUCUUUGGAUGCUUCUUAAAUAUGUCGAAGGAGAUCCAGUCAUAAUUUGAUCUAUUGUUUGGAAUUUAACAAUCAUGAUUUACUAUAUUCUCUUAAUGUAUUUUGCAAGGGAUAUCUUAAAAGAAGUAAAUAAGUUGCCAGUGUUUGAAGGUGCUUUCACUGGAUGGUGGAGCUACCUCUCACUAGCUUUGCCAUCUGGAUUCAUAAUUUGCUGUGAAUGGUGGAUGUACGAAGUACUCACCAUACUAACAGGAUGGAUUGGAGUGACUGAACUCGCAACACUUGUUAUUAUUUUCAACACUCACAACUUUGUCUAUGACUUCUCUUAUGGACUGUCUCAAGCAACGAGCUCAGCCAUUGGAAGGGCAUUGGCAGAGUUUGGAAAAGUAGAAGCUCAAAAAUUUUUAAAGUAUAUCAUGAGCAUUGAAGCGCUCAUAUGAAUCCUUAUGACAUCCUUAUACCUACUACUAUUCCCUCAAGAAGCCAUUGGAGUCUUUUCAGAAGAGAAAGAUGUCACACAGCUCUUUAUGGAUAGCCUGUACUACAUCAUAUUCAUGAUCGUAUUUGAUUCCGUCCAGAUUGUGAUAGGAGGAGUCAUCAGAGGAAUCGGUGAGCAGAUAGAAUCCUCCGUUGCUAGUUUUAUAUCACAUUGUGCGAUAACUUUACCCUCGGCAGUUAUACUUGCAUUUCCAGUUGGAAUGGGGCUGCAAGGCAUCAUUCUAGGCUACAUUCUUGGGAUAUUUGGCAACACUGUGAUGAACACAUACUUGUUGAUCAAAUCAGACUGGGAACUCAAAAUAGAAGAGACUGAAGAUCUUGGUUUUGUUAGAAUUGAUAUGGAUUAAUUUUUGAAUUUAAAACUAAGGUUAAUUCAAUU